AUGGCGCGAACCAAACAAACAGCUCAUAAGUAUGUGGUGCGCAGUAGGGACGUUCGAACGGCGUCAGCCACCAUAUUGACAAACGUCCACAGAGUCACGACCAAAGUCACCGUCGUAAAGGAAGUGGAAAUCUCCGUAGACCGGAGAUCAUCACUUCCGGUAAAGAAACCGCAUCGUUAUAGACCCGGAACCGUUGCGCUCCGAGAGAUCCGUCGUUACCAGAAGUCCACUGAACUGUUGAUCCGAAAGCUUCCGUUCCAGCGAUUGGUCCGAGAGAUCGCUCAGAACUUUAAGACUGACCUCCGAUUCCAGUCUUCAGCCAUUAUGGCUCUGCAAGAGGCAUCUGAGGCUUAUUUGGUCGGUCUCUUCGAGGACACGAAUCUGUGCGCCAUUCACGCCAAGAGAGUGACAAUUAUGCCGAAAGACAUCCAAUUGGCCCGUCGUAUACGUGGAGAGAGAGAGCUUAAAGCUGCAGACUGGCAUUUUAUAAUGCUUUUUAUUAUUAUUCAAACAUUCAAUAUCUUUUAA